AUGUCUUCCCUUUCCAUCUAUCUGCUAACAUUUGCUCUCCUUCUCCAAACCAUUUACGGAGAAAGCUUAAGCCCUCUCAAACAUUUCUGUUCCAGCUCCGACAACUUCACCACCAAUGACUCUUAUGAGCCAAACCUAAGACAGCUCUGGGGCAACCUUUAUUUCCAAACCCCUCCCGAGGGUUUUGGUUUUGGCUCAGUGGGUCAAGAUCCGUACAUAGCUUAUGGGCUUGCUCUUUGCCGUGGCGACCUCGAAGCCGCAGACUGCAGGACUUGCCUCAAUGAGGCCACCGCCGAAAUUCGCAAACGAUGCCCAUAUAAUAAAGGUGCGAUUAUAUGGUACGAUCAUUGUCUUUUCAAGUACAACAACACCGAUUUCCUUGGCAAAAUUGAUGAUCAAAACAAGUUCUAUAUGUGGGACGAGAGAAAUGUUAGCGAUCCCACAAUUUUCAACCAAAAAACAAGGGAGUUGUUGAGCCUACUGGCUAAAGAUGCAUCUGCGACUCCAAAACUGUAUGCAGCUGGAGAGCUAGAGCUCGAAAAAUCGAAGAAGCUUUAUGGGAUGGCCCAAUGCACUAGGGAUAUUUCUGCAAGUGACUGUUCCAAGUGUCUCGAUGAUAUAAUUGGUGAACUUCCUCUUUGCUGUGAUGGGAAAGAAGGAGGAAGAGUUGUUGGAGGGAGUUGCAACAUAAGAUAUGAGAUUGACCCUUUUGUCACUGCUUAGUUUAUAAAUGUU